UUUGAAAUAUAUGAAUGGUGAUCAAAACAAACAGCAUUUAUCAAGAAUUGCUUCAACUGUCAGAGAAUUACUUGGCUUCCCGUGCUCGUUGUCUUUGAAAGUGAAACCUAUGCGUCUCAGAAGUGCUCUUUCCUCAAGUUUGUUAAGCCCUGUAAAAGAAAAAAAAUCAAAGAAAGAAAAGGAUUUAGUACUACCUAUUACUGUCACUAAUAUAGAACCGUUGACAGAUAUUUGGAAAUGUUAGGAGACGAACAGAGAAGCAGUAAUAUGGAAAAGAUAUCCGCUACAUUGUCACAAAUAUUUGGAGAUGCAAUUCGUCUUGAAACAUAUGUGGAGAAUGAUCAGUUAGAGAGUAUUAUAUAUGAAAGAGGUUACAUUGAAAGCCAACCUGACAAAGCAACUGAUGAUCAAUCACCUGACAAAGAACACAUAAAGAAAAUUCAGAGAACGUUAGGUUCGACUGAUUUUGAUGAAGGUAUUGAAUACAAAAUGGACAACAAUCCUGCAAGGAGAUCGUCAGAGAGCUCUGAAGAAGAAGAUACGUUUGUAUUGGCACCUGAGCCACCCGAUGAACCUGAUGAUGUGUGGGACGAUGCACCAUUAUACCCAAAUGUAGAACAUCACCAAGAAAAAACUUUGAAAUCAGAAGUAUCUAGUGAACGUAACAGAGAACCGCCACAUACAAAAGCGUUUCACGAAGAAGCGAAAGGUAAAAUACCACGGCAACAGUUGCGAGAAGAAGAUUUGCCUGUCGGUAGAACAGUUUUGGAAACAGAUGUCGAUACACAGCAACAGAAAUGGAUCCAACAGGCAAUAAAGUCGACGGAUGUUGAUAAAUGGAAACUAGAGGCACACGUGAACUCAGACGAGGUUAAAAUUACGUUCCAUGUUCUGAUACCAAGUAAUGUUGAUUUCCAAACAGAUACAGAUAAAGUGGUCUUAUGCAUAUGGGAAAGAGAUGAUAGUCAACAUCAUUUUAUAGAAGUUGAGAUGGAAUUUGUUUGUUAUCGGCAAGACGGGAGGAAUGCUGCGCAGCUGACUGGUUACAUUAUACUGAAAAAGGACAAAAAAGCACUUAGUUCUUUACGUUAUAACUACUAUAUUGAAAGAAGCGGAGUAAGUCUUGAAACAAAUAUCCCAAGACAGUCAACUUGGGAACAUCGCUUCUUUGAUUCAAAGUUAAACAAAAGGAAACUGCAUUGUACCGCUUUAAAGAACAACCAAGGUCCAAACCAAAAUCCUCUAGUAAACUGGGGGAAAAAAACGACACAUAUGAGCGAUUGCUUAAGACUUUGCAUAGAAAAAGGAUAUAAAAUCAAUGACAAGGGGGUGAAAAAAACUCUUUGGGGACUGUAUACAGAUGUUCUACACAAUCUCGUAGAUAUUGAUGAAGACUUAAGUAUCCAGAGAAAAAUAUCUGUUUGCUUGCUGAUGCUCAAUGUUCGUCAUUUUGUUGGCUACAAAUCAGGUGACCCUGCAAACGAGCUCUUGUGCAAAGGUUUUCGGAUGACAGUAUGCACGAAAAAUAGAUCAACGGUUGAAUGGGACUACUUGCAACAUAUAUUUUUCGUUCAGGAUAGGAUGAGUAUUAAAAUGAAACUGAUUGAGUUAGCAAAGGAUAUCUGUUCUGAUGUUUCAAUCGGGAAAAAUCCCUCUUGGAUGUAUUUGCUGCCAGUUCUUCAUUUUCUUAACGGAUUUUGUAGACCUUUCCAAGAGAUUCCCUUGGCAUUUGACCACCAAGCUAAAAUACCAAAAUGGUGGGGAAUUGACAGCGAAAUAGAACACAUAACGGACAUCUUCAAAAAGACACAUUAUCAUUGGUGCAUAUCAUUGCGGCAUGUUAUAGAAAAGUUGAAAUACAUGUUUGAAGUAGACAUUUAUCUGCCGAGGACAAUGAUGGCAAGCCUUCGCAUAGAAGAACUUAAAGAUGCUUUGGAUUAUGACAUUUUUCCGUAUGAAAUUGGUUGUGCCUCAAUUUACUUCUUCCUGAGGACAUUACGAGUAUAUGACGUUUCCGAGAAGGCUCUGCAGAAAUGCACGGAAACUCUUCAACGACAUAUGUUGACCGCAAAGAAUGACAGGUUUGGGCCGAGGCGCGUUUUGAUUGGUCUAAGAACGUCUUGCGAUUUAUACAGCGAAUCACUUUGUCGGUUGAAUUCUGAACUCACGUUGAAUACGGUGGUCAUAUUCUUUUCUUUUGUGGCACGGUUUGACAUUUUACAGCUUAAAUCUUCGAAAUUGGCAGAAGAAUUAUCAAAAGUUUCAUUAAAUUUGAAUGUUGUCAGUGCAAAAACAUUUGAAUGGAUAAACAAAAUUCAACGCAAACAUCUGACCAUGUUCAAUCUUCUUCAGAUCUGGGAUCAACUUCUACGGCUAAGAGGACUUCCACACACUUUUCAUAUUGAAGAGUGGAUGCAGAUUGUAAUUACAGAAUUAAGAGAGAGGAUUCAUACGACUUUAGUGAAAGACUUCAGAGGUCAGUUCAAACCUCGUCUAGUUGAAGCCUACAUUGCUGGAAUUGAUACAUACAGCAAAGAGCUUCAAGAUCUUCUGUCAUCCUUUAUUCUCAUGGCAUUAGCAGAACAACAUAAUGAAAACACUGCAGUUUAUCUGAAACUAUAUGACACGGUAUCAAAACGGUUUCUGACGGAAUGGAACGGAAAACUAAACGACAAUAAAAGCAUGAAUCUGGAAACAAUAGUGACAUGGACAGCUCUGCCCAAGUUGAUUAAAGUACUUUGCCAUGAGAGCACAUCAAAUGAUCAGAAUAAGGAAUGCCAGGAAAUCAUAAACUUGGUAAAAGCUUUGGUGGAGGACUUUGUUUGUGUGAUACUAGAUGGGAAAAUAUGCGUCAAACUUCUGCAGCUCAUGGAGAAUCAGAAGGAUGUAUUGUUUCCACUUUGUGAUGUUCUGAAAUUUAACACUGAACUAAUCAGAGUUGCACUUUUAAAAAGGAGAGAAGAGUUGAAUGUUUUCUACAGAACAAGGGCGACACUCGAAGCUCUUAAAUUAUUCUGUGAUGGCGUUGAUGAAGUGCAAGUCGACAUGGAAGAUGUUGAAGAUCUUCUUCAGAAAAAUGUUGAAGAAAGCGCUUUGAACGAAUUAGUGAUAGUGCAAAAGCUGACAGAAAAGUCAGAAGAAAUGACACACAUUAUUCAAAUCAAUGCCAAAAGCUUAAACGAAGAUGUAAUAAAUAUGAUAACUUGUCUUGAGGAAUUGAAGAAGAGUGGUUGUUUCACUGCGGAAUGGAAGCGUGUGAUUCUGGAUUUAAAAAUACAUACUUCCCUCAGCCUCAAUGAUCUAUAUGAACAUGUGUAUUUACCGUCGAUUGAGAGUUUGAAAGAAAAGGCGAAACAAAUUUCAUCGGGUGAAAUAGCCUACGUUGACAUGGAAGACUUUGUCGGAAGAAUUUGCGGGUUGAAUUACGACACAAUUUUGUUUGAGCUUAAAACUGUUUGUCCGGAUAUAUCUCCAAAAGUUCUGAGUGAACGCGUUGAACAGUUUAAACAAUGUAGACAGAUCAGAUUAGCUACUCAAGUGGCAUCAGCCUUUUUUAAAGUCAAAGACGUCUAUGGACUUUCUGGAAACUUUAGUGCUGUCGAUCAUUUGAAAAACUACGACAUCACAACUUUAACUCUGAGUUCAAAAAAAGAAGACAUACUGAUAAGCAGUCGAGAUUUAAAUCAUGUAACAAAAGAGGGGGCGGCAUGUGUAGAAGCUUUUGCAAAUUGUGCUGAUCUUAUAUCAUGGCUACGUGACAUUAUUAAAGGUGGCAUAAAAGAGGUGAACGUGUUUGUAGACUUGGGAAUGACAUCUGCUGGGGAUGACAUCGAGAAAAUUAGCAGAGUUCAAAGCCUGCAUGUUGCAGUAAAUGGAUAUGCAACUCUCAUUUUUGAACUGGAAGAAACAAGUGGUUUUAAAGAAGUACUCAAAGCAUGUGAUUCUGUUUUUGGGGAGUUACAAAACACACCAAAAUUACCGGAAAAGCUUGAAUAUGCGCAACGUUAUCUCCACUGGUUCAAGGAAAUAAAACAAGCACAUGGUUCAGUGGAAGUAACGUCGUUUAUGCAAGCAGAGAAUAUAAAUGAAUGUGGCAUUUAUCAGAUUGGUACAAAAGUUUGGAAGACAUUUGGAGGACAGGGCAGUCAAUUUUCACUUGCAGAGUUUUCGGAUAUCAACAAAGUCUUAAAACUAACAUUAAGUAUAGAAGGAAAUGAAGGAAGCAACCCUGAAUACACAUAUGACAAACUACAAGAUCUUCAAAGUAGAUUAAUGUUAGUUGCAGGUGAAGCAGAAAAGAGCAAGAUAAGCGUAGAGCGCUUUAACCAGAUCUUGGAGGGUGUCGUCAGACUAUGUAACAUUUACAUCAAACUUGUCAAGUCAGGGUGUAUGUUUUUCCAAAAUUUUGCAAUUGAACUUGUAUGUGAUACAAAUCCAAACCGACCAAUUGCUGCUAGCCUGUAUCUCGCAAACCAAGAAUCGAUUCUACAGCAACAGUGUACAAAGGGGUCAAACAUAAGCUUGCUAUACGCCGAGUUUUAUGAGAAUAUCCCAUUCCUUACUCUAGUUAUCCUCCAAAAACCGUAUUUCUGCUUUAAGAAACAGUGA